AUGAAGUGUCUUCGGCACUUUCUGCGGAAGUCGGACGACGACCUGUCCUCCCUUUAUCGCGAGGGCGUGAAGGCCGUUCAGGAAGGCCGCUAUGUCGUUUCUGAGGUUAUUUUUAGUCGAAUCCUCCACUCCCACCCGUCUUAUAAAUUUUGGGUAAACAUGCACAACAGCGUACGGCAAACUCACUUUACAGGGGGAGGGGGUUACGAUAUGAUCCAUAGAGAAUUAGAUGAGGUCGUCAACGAUAAGGAGACGGGCCUAUGUGGUUCGAUCGAACUUUCCUUUGAUCACCAGGUCGUCCAUGUAAUCGACUUUAUUUGUUUAUGUAUGGACAUUGCCUACAUCUACUUAAACGAACCCGCAGAUGAGAUCAAUAGCAGACUUGCGAUGGUGUAUUAUGCCAUUGUCAUCACCUAUCUGUUUGAAUUUUUCCAUUUAUUGGUUCUGUGGAGAACCGAAGUUGGCGAUGGCUUGAUGUCCCAGCCUAACUGCAAUAACAACUCUUACGAUAUACUCCUUGCCAGCUCCCUAGACAUCAUGAGAAUUUUUCGAUGUCUGAAACACGUCGUCAUCUUUUACUUUUUGAGCGCCAUACUCAGCUACAUCGUACUCAGUCUAGAGUAUAUUUAUCAUUUAGAUGAGUCCAAAGAUAAACUAAGGCUUCGGGUUUUAAAUAACUGUUUGGAGUUAACACAAUUCGCCCAUCUUAUUGUGAAAUGGACUGUUAGUAGGAUUCCAGAGUCCCCCACUUCACAGUUUCUCAUGCAGAAUAUGCCUACCGUGGAGUUCACCCCCUAUGAAGAGAAUGAGGUGGAGGAUGAUAAGGAAAGUGCGUCUUUGAACGACGUUUCUUCCACCAACUUAAAACCUCAUCAUGUCAACAAGAACUGGGGAGUCUUUGUGGACACGAUUUCGGGUUCCGAGGGCUUCAGUUCGCUCUUUUCGUAUUCCAAGAGACUAAACCCCGGGAUGCGGCUUGUGUGGGAGCUCCCUAAGAACCCCCCUGUACGGCUUCACAUCCAAACGAAUAUUUUUCGGCAUAAUUUGGCCAAGAUUGAUCCCCCAACUGAGCGCAACGCAUUUCACUACAUCUCGUGGUUCUUUGCGGAUGACGUGUCCAUGAAGCCAGGGCAGAGCGCGCACUGCUUAGCGCGGGAGUUGCCAGAGCUGUUCGGGGUCAACGGCAGGUUCCCCCUCAAGCAUGUCGUGGGCGAUGUUGUCGAGCAGCACACGAGUCUGACGAUUAAACCGAAGAUGCGCGGCACUAACCGUGUGUUCUUUAAAUCGGACAGCACGAUCCGUCCUCUCACCGCGCUCGAGACUGAACAGAAAGUGAGCAAUCAGAAACGUGGUGAGUAUACCAGAGAUAGCAUCAAGCGUCAUUUAGACCUCCGCGAUUUUAAAGCACUCUCGACAGUUGGGCUGGAGGAGCUCAUGCUGGUGGGUGCUCCCGUCCUGGUGGUCGCUUGUUGCUUGCUGAGGAAAUUGGGCUUCCAAGAUCGCGCGAUAAUAUAUGAAACGCUGUUGAAUACCAACUCACAGUUGAUGUAUGGGCUGAACUCACCUGAGUAUGAUUUUCUGGUCUCGUUGCGUAAUUUAUGCACUGUUAAGUUGUAG